CCAUCUUCAUGCCGCCCAUAUUCUAGCCUUCAGAUGUUUGCAAAUAUGGCUGAUAGUGGUAGUGGCGGAGUAGGGUUGCUAGGAACUCAGGGGCAUCCACGCACUACAACUUCUGUGGGGUUCCCUGGGAUGAGUGUCCUCGGGCGGGCUAAUCAGCAGCGAUUAGAGCAUGCCAGUACCUCGCUCCCGCGAACCAAGACCAACUCAGAAAGGAAACGUGGAAAAGCAAUUCGACCACCAAGCCUUGUUCAGCGGGGAGCUCCAGAGCCAAAAAUAGAGGACUGCCUACAGAGAGCUGCUGGAGGGGAGCAGGUUGUAAAUCUCGAUGUCUCCAUUCACCUUCCGAGACCCAGAAACAAUGAAUUGAGGCAUCUCGGGGUUUCUCCUCAGAUGGUUCAAUAUAUCUGUACGCAAGAUAGUGUUCGGAUGGUUCUUGGAGCCCUGAAUCUCUUCCAUCAAUAUCCUAAUCUUCCUAUUACCACUACAAUCUGUGCGAUCUUUGAUAAUAUUGUACAAAAGCUCAGAACCAAGUACAACCUUCCUUCUCUUUCGACAUCAUUGCCUCUUCCACCCCAUGAGCGUCUCCCUAUACAGCUUUUGGCUUACAGUAAUAAUGGUCGCAACAAUGGCACUCACAAAAAUGUCAAAAUGCGCAUUUCUCCGUUCGAUAAUGGGACUACAUUGCAAGAUUUACUCUCAGAUGGCCAACAAUUUGCAAUCCCACGCUUAGCUAUAACCCGGGAUAAUCAUUUCCACAUCCAAGCCAUUAUACGUCAAUAUCCUCUUGAAGCCAAUGUUGCCCUUGCAGAUAUAUACUUAGGCAUUGAUACAAAUGUGCGGAUUCAUAGAUGCCUCUCAAAGCGCUUUCUAAGCAUGUUUCGGAAUGACGUUGACGCU